GCCGGGCGCGGGGCACUGCGCCGUGCACUGGCAGGCCUACCGGGCGCUUCUGUGGCUGCGCUCCGCAGUUUUAAAUACCACGCCGGCGCGGUCGACGGAGGCAUUUCGUCUCAAGCUGAGCGCGUUGGGCACGAGCGGUGAGGCGCGGGGAGUGGCGCUGGGCAGUGGGGCGGGCACGAGCGUUAGCGCGGUAUCGGCGUACGCGGGGGGCGCGGGCGGGAGACGCGCUCGGCUGCAGCUGGCGGCCGCGCGCGCACCGCUGGACGCGCACCAUGCCCUGCCGCUCAUGGCCUACCACCUCGCACAUCAACUUUGGGCAGUAAGCGGAGGUUUCGAGUUCGGUUGGUGGCUGGCCUCCGUUAACCAGCCGCGGCUCGUACAGAACUACGUCUCCAUGUUGGAACCUUGGUGCGAGUGGAACGCUUGUUCUCGUCAGUUCAUUUUGGGUCUGUCGCUGCUGGACACGGAGGAGGCGGAGGCGGCUUACACGGCGUUUUGCAAGGCGGCGAAGGGCGUCAGCACGGAGCCGUUCCUGCGGCGCCUGGUGGCCGCAGCUGAUGCGCCUCUCACCCAGCACCAGGCUCUCGUGUUGUAUUACAUGAAGGUUAUCAAGCUAUUCGAAAUCCACGAUGCGGGUGCUUGUGUGGUUCGCCUAGCUGAGACUGCAAUCAGUAUUGCUGACAAGGAUGAUCCAAAUUUGGCGAUGUUCCAAUGGCUAGUGUUCAAGUGGCACCUGGCGGGCGGACGUGUGGAGCGAGCUCUCAGCGCCGCCGCCGCCAACCCCGCCCCCCACGCGCGUGACUCGGCCGCAGCACAUCUCCUCACCACGCUCGCAAAUCGCAAGCAACUCGGCGCGCUAGUGUCGUGCAGCGCGCUGUCCGCCGAGACGGAGCGGGCGGCGGUGGCGCGCGCCAAGCUGCACGACGCCGCCACCCACAACCCAUACUAUGACUUUCUGUACGCCUUGCAUAUCUCAAGACAACAUUACCGAAAAGCGGCAGCCGUAAUGUACGAGCGUGCGACACGUUGCUUGUCGGAGCGCGGCGGUGCGGGCGUGCGGCGCAAGUGGCUAGCGGCGGCGCUCGCCUGCCUGCGACUCGCGCGGCCAGAACACGCGUUCAUCGCGCGCCCCGCCCCCGCCGCCACGCCCACUGCAACCGCCACGCCCACCACUUUGCUGGACGCCCAAGUUCCCAAUAUUAGAUCUACAGCGUUGCAGGUGAUUGGUCCGGAGGAGUUGGCAGCUGAACUACGGGCAGAGGAUCCGGAAUCCAUAGACCCAGUACAACAAGCUCUACAGAGACACGAGCCAAUCGAUUUCGAUUAUUUGUACCCGCAUCUUAAAGACGCGGAUGUGGAGACACUCCUCGCGGUCACGAAGCGAGCCAUCAGCACCGAACAGUUCCUGCCGAGGUGGUUCCUACUUAGGUUUAUGGAGGUGGGUGGUGCGACGUGUAUCCGCAGUCUGCUGUGUGGCGGGCGCGCGCUGGAGGCGGGCGAGGCGUGCUGCGGGGCGCUGCGCGAGGCGCUGCACGCGCUGGCUCCGGGCACGCCGCAGCAGCCGCGCGCCGCACCCCUCGCACUCGCAGACCUGCUGCUGGCCGAGCUUGACACCCACACACACAUACCACAAUACAAAGAGUUGUAUGAUGAUUUACAACUACUUGUGAAAGAAUACACCGCCGCCGCUGUCAGAAUAUCCGAAAAUAUAAAACUUACACUCCAGUUCACCUCCGUUAACUAAUAUGUAAGAAAAAUAAAACUUUUCUAUGUAUUUUUUUUUGUAAUUUAAUAAAUCAUAAACCUA